ACUUAUGUGCUACAUGGGCGCUGCAAGCGCACUCAAUCGAGUUGAAUCGACCUGAAACUUUGUAUACAUUGCGUUGCCUUGAGUCCAGAACCAGACUAAGAGAUUCGAAGGGAAUGUUUCAGGUGUAUUACAGCUUUCGAUUUUGGUGUUAAUUGGACUAUUCAAGUAAACGUAGGCUGCGAAAUCAGCAAUUUUCUGGUUAAUAUCCUUGAUUCUUCAAUUCCUGCCAUUGUAAAGUGACUUCAUUCUUUAGUAGGAUGACAUUUUUCACUACAUUCUUUUAUUGUAUAAUUUCUGUUGUGCUUGGUGUCUUUCUGACUUCCUGUCAGACGUGUUCGAGAUGCAAACCAUUAAAUGUGAAGUGAAUUUGUUAAUUGAAGUAAAUGAUGCAGUUCGAUUGUGUAACGUAGUAGUAAUGAACGAUAAAAUUCAGUACUUUUCCGAGAGAGUCACUGCUGCGUGUGUGUUGCGAAGUAUGACUUAUGGUGAAAUAGGAUCUAAAAGUAAUUUGGUGUAGUUCGACAUAAUUUAACAAAAUGGUAUAAUGGUAACUUCUAUGAAACAUUGCAAUUUCAAGAUCGUGUUCUUCUCUGUAAUUUCGUAGAAACAACUGUUUCGCAAGUAAUGUGUAGGUUAAGUUACUGUAUGAAGUGGGUGUAGCAGAUAUUGUCUCUUAUGUGAAAUAACCCUACAGGCAUGCUGAUAAUUGCUCUAUAUGAAGAUGAUACAUCCUGAAAUUAGUCUGUUUGACUUUUAUACAUUUUGAAAUUAUUACUUAUUCACUUUGCAAAAUAGCAGCGAUGUAUUACUGUCCUGUUGGCUUCAUCAAGUAAUAUUUGUAACAAUUUCUUGCUAGUAAGAAAUUACAAUUAAUAUUUAGAUAUAGCAGCCCUGUGAGGUGUGUGAGAGAUUAAUUAAUAAUUGUGAUGAAACAUCGUCUUGUCAACCUGAGACUGAUUCACAUUUGAUAUACUCUGUGUUUUACUCUGACAGUGCAAUAAUUCGCAAUGGUUGAAAAGGCAGUUACUUGUUAUGGACGGUCAGGACUUUUAGAAACCUAUGUCCGUGGUCAGUGGUACCGGGUUUUUGUGACUCUAGAGGAUGAUCAUCUUAGUAUAAGUUUGGACGAUAGUUGUGAAACAUCCACUGCCCUGAAUGGCACCUUGAACAAUAAUAACAAUAACAGUGUGGACAUUAGUCUUAUGGAAUGUGUGGAAGUACCUCAAUCGGUGGCCAAUCAAAAAAGAAUUGUGAGAGUAUUCAAGUCGGAUAAUAAUGGACUGGGUAUAUCAAUCAAAGGUGGAAAAGAAAAUAAAAUGCCAAUAUUGAUUAGUAAGAUAUUUAAGGGAAUGGCUGCAGAUCAAACUGAACAACUAUAUGUUGGAGAUGCAAUUCUGUCAGUAAAUGGUGAAGAUCUGCGGGACGCCACUCAUGAUGAGGCUGUGAAAGCAUUGAAGCGGGCAGGCAAAGUUGUUGAAUUGGAAGUGAAAUAUUUGAGAGAAGUUACACCAUACUUCCGAAAAGCCAGUAUAAUAUCGGAAGUCGGGUGGGAAUUGCAACGAGGCUUUCUGACGGGAGAGCCGCCAACACAUCGAUCACCACAGCAACGUGCUGACACGAGAUACUUGCCCCUCCAGCUGUGUUAUUUGGUGCGAAAUCUUCGACAUCAUGAUCCAGAACGUCGGACUUUGGAACUUUUGUCCCCGGAUGGGAUCCACAGUUGUGUAUUGCGUGCUGCGGACGCUGCUGAAGCUGCUGGAUGGUUCAACGCACUACAUUCCACGUUAAGUGCAUUAACAGUUCUUGCUCUCCAAGAAGCCAAUCAGAGAGCUCAGUUGGGGGCAACUCUGCAUCUGAUUGGUUGGCUAGCAUAUUUCCUUCCAGAGAUCAGCAAAGGCCAUGUGAGUUGUGAAGAGGAGAAGGAGGAAUCGGAAGGGCGUUGGCAGCCUGUGUUUGCAGCUGUUACAGAGCGUGAGCUUCACCUCUACGAAUCGGCUCCCUGGAGCCGUGAAGCAUGGGGCUGCCCUUCCCACUCGUGCCCAUUACUGUCCACACGGUUAGUUAGCUCAUCGACUGGGAAUGCAGAAGAUGUUAUAACGUUUAGUGUUCGAUGUGGAACAUCUGAAGGAGUGACCACCCAUGACUUGAGGGUGGAGACACACAGAGACCUUGCUAAUUGGGCACGAAUGUUGGUUCAAGGAUGUCAUAACAAUGUACAAGCUCAAAGAGAACUUACCUGUAGAUGUAUUUGGCAAGGUAAACCUGCUCAGAUAAUUUUACACUAUGAAGAAGGUUUUACACUUUCAGAAUGUAGCAAUUCUGAGACUAAAGUUAUUUGGAAAUAUCCUUUUGAGAAACUUCGAACUUCUGGUGAUGAUGGUGUCAGAUUAUUAUGGUUAGAUUUUGGUUCUGAAGAUGGGGAAGUGGAAUUGGACCUCGAAUGCUGCCCCAAGCCAUUUGUUUUUAUUUUGCACAACUUUUUAUCGGCUAAAGUUCAUCGCCUUGGCCUCUUUGCGUAACAUAAGUAAAUGUUAUGCUUUACUUGUGAAAUCAACUUUGCCGAUGCAUAAUUACAUCAUGCAGUUGUUUUUAUUACUAGAAUUCAAUACAACAGUAUAUUAACAAAACUAUUGUAUAAAUUAUAUUGUUCUUGCUUAUUAUUGUAGAAAAUAAUCUUAUCACACAAAGUUUAUACGGUUUCCAUUCCUCCAUUUUUUUAAAAAUUUUUUUUUUAAUGAAAUAUUUCAAAUUACGAUAAGUAUUUUUAUUGCAGUAUUUUAUUUUAUGGAUGAGGCAAUUUGCUUAUUAAACUAAAUUAAGUUUCGAUCUUGAAUUUGUAUACAUAAAAAUACUUCAUAUCAGGUAUCUUGCAGAACAGUCUUUUUUAUGAAUAGUGACAUUGUGAGGAGUAAAUAUGAAACCAUUCUUUAAUAAAUAUGAGAAUGGUCUCAUUUCUAAUUGAUCUUGUCAUUACUAGUGAUUUUAUAAACAAAAGUUGAAUAACUUCAAUGCGAAUGAUGCAAUACAAAAUGCAGACUGUUCUAAUGACUUUACAACAGUUCACAUUAAAACACUAAAAAUAUGUCUGACAGAUUUUAUAUAAGCAUGUGAAAAGUGAAUGUAAUAAUAAAAAAUGUAAUGCUUAACUAUUUGUUUAUUAUUUCCUGUUAUAAAAAAUACCACAAAUGUAUUCAGUGGCAGCUGGGGCCCUCUCGUCCUUCAAAAUGGGGGUGCAGCUACAUCGAAUGAAG